UAGCUAUCAACAACGAUACAACCAGUAGCUCAUAGCAUACAGUAAACAGUCAUCAUAUUAUCCCUGCAAUCAUGGCCUCGAAACCAGCACCGAAAAUCCUGGCAAUAGGUUCGCCAAACUCUUCCCUGAAGAAGCUGGUCACGAAAAUAACCGCCUUUCAGACGAAUUACGGGCCGUUUGAGUGCUGCGUGAUCGUCGGAAACUUGUUCAAGAAGAACGAAGAUGGUUCUUCUCUCACUUCAGACCUCAAAUUCCCCAUCCCAACAUAUUUCACCCACCCAACGCAUCCCCUCUCCCCUUCCCUCUCAGCCAAACUCAACUCGGGAUCAACACCUGGAUCCCCAGAAAUUCUGCCGAACCUGAUAUACUUGGGGAAGACCGGAGUGUUCAAGACCUCUUCCGGAGUAGGGGUCGGUUUUAUCGGGGGUGCUUUUACCGACGACAACGAAGAGGGAGAAGAAGGUACAGACUCCGCCAAGUCGACGCUAUCUAAGGAAGACCUCACUUCCCUCCUCACCCACCCGAACUUUCUCGCCCACACUCUCCCAUCCACACCUGGCUCCAAUAAUCCGGGAUCUUCUUCCAACUCCAUCCAAGUCAACUAUAAUAUCAAUAUCAACCCUACAACCUCUGGGAACUCGAAUGCCAACCAAGGUCCUACGCUCUCAUUAGCUCAAGCACGUGCUCAAGCGCAGAAGGAACAAAAAGCCAAGGAACUGGAUGCUGUGCCGAGUUGGGCGAGGGGGUUGGAUGUGUUGAUCUUAGGAGCUGGGACGGAGAGGCUUUUGAAGGCUUUGCCUGCGGGAUCGUCAUCAUCGGGGACAGCGACAACAACGACAGCAGAAGCGACGGAGACAGACUCGACAACAACCCCAUCCGCAUCGACGACACUGAUCAACCCUCCGGAAGUCGACCCGAUCAUCUCCCGCUCCCGAGCACGGUACAUCCUCCUCCCCUCUCAAUCUGAUAUCAAGACGUCCGGGUACGCCGAAGGAGCCCCAUUCGGAUGGGCCGGUCCUGCCGCUGGUGGUCGAGCAGGACAGGGGCAGGGUGGGAGGGAGGAGAGGUGGACCAGGGUUGUUAGGGUGGAUCGGUUUGCCGAGGACGAUGUUGCCGGUGGUACAGUAGUCAAAGGGGAGAAGGGAGAGAAGAAGAAGUUCUUCUACGCAUUCACCUUGCCCGACCUGACCUCCGCUCCGCCUGCUCGGCCGGAUGUGGUAGGCCCGAAUCCGUUCAACGAUCCCAGGGGUCUGAAACGGGGUCAUAACGGGGAAGAUGGGGAGGGGGAUGGGAAACGAAUGAGGGGGGAUUAUGUUUGCAAGAUCUGUAAUCAACCUGGACACCACAUCCGAGACUGCCCAGAAAAGGGUUCUAAACCCCGACCUCCCCCGCCCGAGUAUACCUGUCAUCGGUGUAACCAGUCCGGCCAUUGGAUCCAGGAUUGUCCGGAACUGCCUGCGGGCGGUGCGGGUGGGAAGAAGGAGAUCAAGAUGUUGACGAUGGAUGAGUGUUGGUUCUGUUUGGCCAAUACCAAUUGCGACACACGGUUCAUCGCUGCAGUGCAGAAUGAUACGUAUGUGGCAUUGUCGAAGGGACAGAUGAUCAAGACGGGCGAUAGCAAGAACCCGCCAUUAGUUCCCGGUGGAGCACAUCUGCUGAUCAUUCCGAUCCAACAUAUCCCCAACCCACUACUUUUGCCGGAGGACGAAGCUCGUCCGCUCUUGGCCGAGAUCAACCAGAUCAAAGACCAGGUCCGCAAGACCUUUGCCAAAUACGAUGCCGUACCCGUCUUUUGCGACAUGUACCGAAACCUCGCUCGGGCACAGCACGGUCAGAUUCAAGCCGUCCCUGUGCCUAAAUCGAGAGCCGGUGAGCUGGAGGGAAUGUUCAGAAAGGCUGCAAAGCGGGAAGGAUGGGAGUUUGAAGAGGGAGAUGCGGAUAGCUUGUUGAGAGGAGGAAAGGGGAGGGAAUUUAUCAAGCUGGAUUUGCCGAAUGGGAAGUCGCUCGUACACUUCAUCCAGGGCAAAUUCAAUCUGCAGUUCGCAAGACAACACUUGGCGGAUUUCCUUGGAACCCCUGAGCGUGCUAACUGGCAAGUUUGUCAGACGACGGACGAGCAGGUGAAACGAGACGUGAAUGCGUUCAAAAAGGCUUUUACAGCUUAAAAGAGGGUAUCAGCUUAGAUGCCGUGUAAAAAGGCCCAGUCAGGCUGACAAGAGACCUGUACAGAAAUGGCACAAGAAUCAUCGGCGUUUGUAGCAUAUUCAAGCAUGUCAUACGUGACGUUCAUUCCGUUAUUGCUCGACAUGAGAAUCCUGGCAUUAAGCCGUUUGAUCGAUCCGGU